AUGGAUCUCCAAAUCAGCAAGCCUCUGACCCUCAAAUGCGGUCUCACGCUGCCCAAUCGCCUCGUCAAGGCCGCCAUGACUGAGCAGCUAGCCGAUAGAUCCCACCUCCCCACGCCAACCUUCCUUCGCGUCUACGAGGCCUGGGCCGCCGGCGGCUGGGGCCUCGUCCUCACCGGCAACGUCCAGGUCGACGAGGUCCACCUCGGCGGGCCUCGCGACACGGCCGUCAGCUCGGCCGUCGAGACCUCGACCGUUCUCGCCAGUUUCAAGGAGUGGGCCGCCGUCUGCAACACCCACGGCACCCCGACCGUCGUCCAGAUCAACCAUCCGGGCCGCCAGUCACCCCCGGGUGCCGGCGACAGGGGCUUCUUUGCCAAGACCCUGGCCCCUAGCGCCGUCCCGCUGCGCCUCGGCGACGAUCUCAUCUCGCGCGCCCUGAGCGCCGUCGCCUUUGGCACGCCCAAGGCCAUGUCUGUCGCCGAUAUCAAGGAGGUCGUCAGGCGGUUCGCCGAGACGGCGCGCAUUUCGGCCGAGGCAGGGUUCCAGGGCGUACAGGUGCACGGCGCCCACGGCUAUCUGGUCGCACAGUUCCUCUCGGCCAAGACCAACACGCGAACAGACGAAUACGGCGGCUCGCCCGCCAAGAGGGCGCGGUUCGCUGUCGAGAUCAUCGACGCCAUCAGGGCCGUGGUGCCCAAGGAAUUCUGCGUCGGCAUCAAGCUCAACUCGGUCGAUCACCAGAGCGAGGCAGAGCUUGGCGACUGCGUUGAGCAGCUCAAGCUCAUCACGCAGGCUGGCGUCGAUUUCAUCGAGGUCAGCGGCGGCACGUAUGAGGACCCAACGAUGAAUCUUGGCCCCAGUGCUGUCGAAGGCAAGUCGGAGCGCACCAAAGCCCGCGAGGCCUUCUUCCUCGACUUUGCGGCUGCCAUUCGCGAUCAGUUCCCCGACGUGCCGCUCGUUGUCACUGGCGGCUUCCGCACGCGGCAGGGCAUGGAGAGCGCUGUCCGCGAGGGCGGUUGCGAUGCCGUCGGCAUUGGCCGACCGGCGGUGCUAAACCCGUCGCUGCCGGUGAACACAGUGUUCAACAAGGAGGUCGAUGAUGCGUCGGCGAAGGUGUACGCGAAGAAGGUUGAAACGCCGUGGUUUCUCCAGAAGAUUGGCAUGAAGAACGUCGGCGCGGGCAUCGAGACGGCUUGGUAUGCAAAGGCCAUGCGCGAUAUGGACGCUACGAAGGCGUCGAUUUAA